AAGAAGGUUGUCACUUGUCAUGCACUUGUGCAGACUAUAUGUGGUUUGAUAUGUAUUUUUGCAAGAACUACAGACAGAAGGUGUUAAGGGCUAUAUCAAGAAUAAAGAUAUUCACGAUAUGUAUUCAUUCCGAUUUGUCAAUCGUAAGUAUCACAUUAUUAUGUUUUAUGUCUUGUACUUAUGCUUAAUAUAUAUAAGGUUUUUCAAUGGCACCAAAAUUUAUGAAUUUGGAUAUUUUUCUAUGGCACCAAAAUUUAUGAAUUUGGAUAUUUCUAUUGGCUUACCUUCUAUAAUAAUGGUGAACCCCCUGCAAUUACAACAAUCACACCAAUCAAAAACCUCCAAUUUUAUAAAUGUUAGUGCUUAGCAUGCGCUCAUGGGCACACACUAGACAAACUCAUAUAUAUAUAUAUAUAGGGAUAGGAUCAAAUAAAAACUUUUUUAAGUUACAAACUUACAAACUUUUUUUUAUUCUCCCAUCGUGUUAAUCCUUAGUUUUAUAAAGUAUCCAUGUUGAAAAUUUUUCAAAAAACAUCACAAUUUUUAAAAAUAACGCAUAAAUAAAUCGCGUUUUCAACACAUUUAUAACUGGGGUUCAACAUCGGGUGUUGAACACUAAUUAUCGUUGUGUUGAAUAUAUCUAAAAAGAUGUUUAAACUAUACCUCUAGGAUUUGGGUAGGGUCUAAAACAUAAAUAUUAGUUAUAUAACAUGUUUACCUUAGUUUUUACAUUUAAAAAUUGGUUUAUGUACUUCUCCACCACUAUUUUAAUCGAUGUUCUUCACACACAAGGGUCCAUGCAUCUUGCUAUUGGAUUCACUUAACUGGGGGAGACAGCUUUGAGCAAAAAGUUAGAGAGUAUGGUCCUCAAUUUAGAGUUUUUUAAAGUGUUUUUUUAACUUAAUUAUAUUUUGGUUUCUGAUACUUAUUAUGUAAAAAUAAAUGUAAUUGCUCAGAUUUUUGAUGGAUUUAUAUGCAAACGAAAAGUGAGAAGUGAGUGAAGACCUCAUUAACAGGAUUCCGUUUAAAGUGACCAAUGUUCCCCAGCAGCAAGAUGCUGAAUAAAGAUUGGUUCAGCCGCAACGAAAUUGAUUCAUUUUGUGAGAUUCUUCUUUCUCUUGACAGUGAAACAGGCACUUGCAAUAAUACGUGUUCAGAAUCGUCAGCUGCCAGUGAUAGUGGAGUCCAGAUUAUUGAUGAUUUACACACUGGAAUGGAAGUUGGUUACCCUGUCAAAGUUGACAAUGGAGAUAAUAAUGAAACAGAAAUGGACAAAGAUGAUGAUGAGAAACAAGAACAAAAAGAUACAGGGAAUGGACUAGAAAAAGAUGAUGAGAACAAAAGUCCCAAAGCUGAGCUUGUAGCUCGUAAUACUGAUAGUUCAGAGUCUCCUGCUGCUGACAAAGAAGAAUAUCGCAAGACGGAUAAAAAAUGUGAUGCACCUGUUGGUCUGAAUAAAAAAUCUUCAAAAAAAUCCGGCAGAAAAGGAAGUAAUCAGAAAACUGUCCAAAAACCACGACGUGUCUGGAACACAUCUCCCUCGUCAGAUUCUGAUACACUUGAACCUCCUUUGAAGAGAUGUACAGGCAAAGAUUGUGGAAAUAAGGCGAAGAAAGAGGUAAAUGCUUCAUUAGAUACUAAUGGCCGCAAUCUUGAUGAAUCCACUAGCAUGCCGACUGAAGAACCUAUUCAAAAAGAGAUAUCAGCUUCGUCUGGCAUAUCUUUGUUUGUUGAUUUCACACAAUACGGACCACUCCCUUUUAUACGACGUCCAUGAAAAUUUAGGAAGAGAAGGAGCUAGUUCAGUGAUGGCUAGGGAUGGUAGACUUAUAUAUUGUCAGGAUUAAUAUUGAGAACUAUAUAUGUUUUGGUCAUUUGUCUCAAGUAUUACAACAAAUUUUUCUUAA